AUGAGCAAGAAUCUGCUUUCGGUGCCACAGAUCAACAAGGGUGGCAGGUUCCAAGUCGUGUUCGAUGGAUCCAAGAUGCAAGUGAAGCGCAAUAAUUCCACACAAGUCGUGGCAACAGCGGAUCUCGUCGAUGGACUUUACUGGCUGCGGACUCCUCAACGAUCGGCAAAUGCAGCAACACGCAAUGGGACUAUCGACUUGCAUGCGCGCAUGGGUCAUGCACCCCUCGAAGUUCUGCGCAAGAUGGUGGCCACUGGCAUGAUCAAGGACGCCAAGGCACCUCUCAACUCGACUAGUCCAAGUCUGUGUCGCGGUUGCCAGCAAGGAAAGAUGGUCCAAAAACCAUUCCCAACCAACCGUGACAAACGCCAAUAUGGUGUGUUCGAGUUGCUGCACUUCGACAUCUGCGGGCCAAUGGAACAAGUCUCGAUCGGCGGCAGCAAAUACUUACUGCUUGUGGUUGACGAAGCUAGCGGUUGCAUGAAGGGCUUCUGUCUGCGGUCCAAGUCUGAGAGUGAAGACUGUAUCAAGAACCACAUCAUCAAGAUUCAAACUCAGUUCGGCACGAAGAUCAAGUUUGUUCGGCACGAUGGAGCGCAUGAGUUUGCGACCAACUCCAUCAAGACCUUCUACGAAGAUCAUGGUAUCGAACAACAGGUCACGGUGCCGUAUACACACCAGACCAACGGCACCGCAGAACGCGCGAUAAGGACCAUCGUCACGAUAGGACGCAGCUUGUUGCAUCAUGCAAAGCUGGAGAAGUGUUUCUGGGCUGAAGCGGCAAUGACGGCGAUCUACAUCAAGAACCGCCUGCCUUCACCCAAGAUCGACCACAAGACUCCGUUCGAAAUCGUGUACAAGUCGAAACCAAGUGUCAAGCACAUGCGCGUGUUUGGAUGUCGGGCGUUUAUCCUGACACCAAGGGAGAAGCGAUUGAAGUGGGACCCGAAGGCUCGUGAAGGGAUGUUCAUGGGCUACGAAGAAGCGUCAAAAGCUUAUCGAGUGUACGACAUUGAGGCGGACCAAGUGGUGAUCAGUCGUGACAUCACCUUCGACGAAUCGACUUUUGAUUUUUCGAUGGACCGACCAAGUGACGAUGAUGAAGAUGCGGAGUUGGACCUCGACCUCCUGGCGAUCAACGAGGACGACGUGCGUCAAACCGUCUACAAGCAGACUGGCAAGCGCAAGAGUGAAGCAAGACCCGGCAUGUCACGUUCAGCUCGCCCUCGAACUGGGUUGGAACAAGCAAGUGCGCCGGAACACGUCUCCAACCGUCACCAGAAACGACGAUCAAGUGCUCCAGAAACGAUGUCUGAUGACGAAGAAGAUGCAAGCUGUUGA